CUAAUUCUCUUCUUCACUUCCCAUGUUAGUUCUAUUUCUAUUGAUGGUGAAUAGGAUGGUACCUAUUGGAUGGGUGUUUGGGAAGCUUGAAUCAGUUGAGUGUUAUUUUGAAGAAUGGUAUUACUUGGAUUGUAAGACUUAUGAAGAAGGUUAUAACCUUGGAUGACAAUAUGUUUCGUUGUGACUUCUCUAUCAAGAAUUAUUCAUAUUCUGUAAAAAGAUUUGUUGGCAACAUUGUUGAUUAUACAAGCAAUGCUUCCCUUUUGUUGUGGGAUAGAGAAGUUGUGCAGCUUACUGGGAAAAAGGUUACUAAUGUGGUUGGAAGUACUACUGAGAGAUCUCCAAUGGAUUACAUUCCUAGGGAAGUUGAAGAGCAACUUGCGGGUCAAAAUGUGUUGUUCAAAGUUCAACUCAGAAAUAGCAAGGAGUAUUAUCGUAAUUAUCCAUAUAAUGUUAUCAAAGUGUGUAAUAUCCCAUAAAUUGUUGAGAAACAUAACAUUGGAUCACAAAUUCUGUAGCUCUGAUGUGAAGUUGUCUGAUAUACUCUUUGGAUCCAAUAUUGCAGAGGUAACUGAUAAAGGUUUUGUUUCAC